AUGCUGGAUGCAGUUUUUGAGAUAGAUCCAAUAAUCAUGGCGAUUCGUUUGUUAUCCAUUUUUUUGCUUGUUACGGCUGUUAUUUCAUCGACGAAUGCUAUCAGUGAUAUUGAUCCAGCUGCUGUCGAUGUUUUGCUUCGCGAAAUUCGCGCUCGACUUUUGGAAAGAGAAGAAGCUCAUAGUCGAAUCAACAUUCGAGAGGCAUCUGGUGAAGAAGAAAACGUUGUGAAAGUUGAUGUUGAAGGUAGUGGAAGUGGAGAAGGAUCGGGAGAAAGUUCAGGAGAAGGAUCGGGAGAUAUUGAUGGAUCUGGUUCAGGUUUUGAACCAACUGGUGUUCCAUUGAUUCAAGAUGAUGUUCUGAGCAAAUCUACAACCCCAAACCCAAAAUUCGAUAAGGAUGGAAACUUGAGCAAGGACGAAGUUGAGAAAAUCGCUUUGAAAAACUUGAAGAAACAAGCCCCAAAAACCAUCCAAGGUGAGAAAAGUUCAGUUCAAAAACUCUAACAACUGUCAAAUUUUCAGAGCACUUUGAGGCCAACCCAAAAGCCACAGUUCAAAUGCUCCAAGGACUUGACAUUCAUGGUAAGUCAAGCGGUGCAGCAAAACCAAAACACUAAUUUUCAUCGAUAAUUUUUGAUUUCGAAUUUCAUUCAUGUUUUCAAAAUUCAUCUGUCUGUAGAAUAAAGAUUUCAAUUUUCAAACAUCUAGUUGUAUCUAGUUUUCAAAUUUCAGGAUCAUCUGGAGGAUAUCAUCGAAGUCUAUCUGGUGGAUAUUUAUCCCCAUCUUCAUAUGAUCCUUAUAAUGUUAAUUGGCAUAGUUAUGGUGAAAGAGGUGUAAUUCAAAAAGAAAAAGCUAUCAAAAUUUUCAGAAAUAUUUUUUCAAACCAGUUAUAAUUUUUUUUUGAAUGUUUCGACAAAAUUUUGUUGUUGUGUAUGUGUAUGAGUGUGCAAUACUUUGAUCUGAUCUUGUUAAUGAAUGAUAAUAAAAAGUUGGUUUAUUUCUUCCUUCAAGAUUAACAGGAAAAUAAUGUCCUUCUGCCUUUUGCUGACCUUGAGCUUUUGGAUGGUUUUGAAACGGGAAGUUCUUUUUUUUUUUGCUAUUUUUUUCUACCUUGGCAAGGUUACUCUCGGAAAAGUAGGUUGAUGUGAGAAUCAAAAACCAGUAAACAAGAAAAGAAGCCUGCCUUCUCUAAUUAUUAUUCAAUUCUUAUUAUGGUUUCCUUGUUAUUGCGAAAAGGUUACAAAUUGAAGAGGGAAACAAAUUGUUAAACUAUUCUUUCUUCUUUUUUUCCCAAGAAUAUAAAAAAAAAGAAUAAUUGAAAAUGAAUGGUUUACUACACAAAAAUUGCAAUUAUUUAUUUGAUAUAUGAUGAGAACUUGGUGGUCAAAAUAUUUUGAGUUCACACUUUUUGGCCUUCAGGUUUUGCGUUGAAAUGAGAAAAAUGGAGGAUCGGAAAAACAAGAGGACAUUAUUUUUGUUGAAUUGGAACUUUUUAUCAAAUUUGAAAGGGCUUUCCAUCAAUUAUGUUGUUGUUUUGCUUGUUUCGAAAUUGAAAUGACAUAAAUUGAAAAAAACGAGUGAGAAAUUGAAAAGUUCUUUUGAAAAUAGUAACAAGGAGAUUCAUUAAAGAAGUCACCGUAUAAAAAAAAUACAAGAAAAAUGUGUUGAAUCUCAGAGUUUCAAAAACUUCAAAAAAUAUAUUUUAUUUUAAUAUUUUUUUAUUCCUCAGAAGCAUUGAAAAAACUUGAUAUGGAAUUUCUGGAAACAUUUUGUUUUAUAUUUGAAAUUGAUAAUUUUUAACAAAAUCAGAUUUGAGCUUUCAUGAAUUUUAAGCUGAAUAAAAGAUAGUUGUCUUCAUUGCCUGUUAGAUUUUGGAAAAUUAUUCCGAUUUUCCUAAUUUCUGAUCCCAUAUACCUCAAAAAACACCGCUUUUGCUGAAUCGGCAUAGAUAAGAGAAAGCGAUUCCAUUUCUUUUAAUUCAAAAACGUUCAAAAUGCCAUUUCACUUAACCAUACCAUAUAUCAAACAGUAAAUAUGUAAUUCGAUAAAAAAACAGUUUCCUCGUUCAUACCACACACACACCCGCAAACAAUCAAAAUCAAAGUCUCUCAAAUCUCCGCCCAUUGCGGUGUAAGUUUUCUCAACUACACAACAACAAGGUAUAAAAGGCCGAAGAAAAUUAGUUGAAAACAUCUUGGCAUCUUCUAAGAAAAUGUUUGAGGAGAAACUUCUUGUUGGUAUUGCAUCGACUUUCUCGACAAUUGCUGUCGUUGCUUGUCUUGUUGUUAUUCCAUCGUUGUACAAUACCAUCAACGAGGUUCACGAGGAGGUUCUUGAUGGCGUUCAAGUUUUCCGUGUUGAAACCGAUUCGGCUUGGAAUGAGAUGAUGGAUAUUCAAAUCACAGUCACUCCACCAUCUAAGCCACGUGUCAAUCCAUUCAACUCUGUCUUCCGUCAAAAACGUCAAACAUUCUCUGGACUUCCAGCUUGGUGCCAAUGUGAACCAACCAAGCCAACCUGCCCACCAGGACCACCAGGACCACCAGGACCAGCUGGACAACCAGGUUUGUAUCUUUCUUUUUUUUUAAUUUUCAACAAUCUCAAUAAAAUCUUUUUUUCAGGAACCCCAGGACUUCCAGGACCACGUGGAGCAGACAGCCAAACUACCUACGCACCAAUUGCUUGCCCACGACCAUCAUCUGAUUGCGUCAAGUGCCCACCAGGAGCUCCAGGACCAGCUGGACCAUCAGGACCAGCCGGACCAGCCGGGCCAGCCGGACGCCCAGGACAACCAGGAAACCGCGGAAACAACGGAGCCCCAGGAGGCCCAGGACCAAAGGGAGACGCUGGAACCCCAGGAGCCCCAGGACAAGCUGGACGACCAGGAGCACCAGGAAAAGACGGACGUCGUGGACAAGGAGCUCCAGGAGCCCCAGGAGCCCCAGGAAAACCAGGACCAGCCGGACCAAACGGACAACCAGGAAACCGCGGAGGAAACGGAACACCAGGACCAGCUGGACCAGCCGGACAACCAGGACAACCAGGAAACCGUGGAUCCGAUGGACAUCCAGGAACCUCAGGAGGACCAGGACUUCCAGGACCAGACGCCGCUUAUUGCGCCUGCCCACCAAGAUCCGCUGUCUUUGUCUCCCGUCAUUAA